UUCAAACUCACAAUUGUUACAUGGCCAUGGAUGAAGGUGUACUACAAGAUCAAGCCUCUGCUGAAGACUGCUGAAACUGAGAAGGAGCUGGCAAAUAUGAAGAAGAACUAUGAUAAGAUGAAAACUGACUUGGCUGCUGCCCUGGCCAAGAAGAAGGAACUGGAGGAGAAGAUGGUGUCCCUUCUGCAGGAGAAGAAUAAUCUGCAGCUGCAAGUAGCAUCUGGAAGUACACGUCGACAGACAGUUGUGCUUUUCAUGUUUUUCAAAGUUGAUGUGCUAACUUCUCUUGGAUGUCAGGAUGAGAGCAUUGCUAAGCUGACCAAAGAAAAGAAAGCCCUUCAGGAGGCUCAUCAGCAGACUCUUGAUGACCUGCAGGCAGAGGAAGACAAAGUCAACACUCUGACCAAGGCCAAGACCAAGCUUGAGCAGCAAGUGGAUGAUGUAAGUUUACAAAGUCUCUUGGAUUGGCAAAGCAGGAUUCCUCUUGAAUGUGAUGAUUAAAAACGCUUAACAGA